AUGUGAUUUCUCACAGACAUAGUCACACGCUGUCUAAGUGUGCUGAUCAUUGGGCUGAACACGAGUCGACCGGGUGUUCUGGAAGGUCCACUGGACUCGACUACUCGUAUGGGCGAUCUUGCCCCCUCCUCCGAGUCAAGCUCUAGUCACCGGUCUCCAAGUCCUCUCUCUACCUCUCCUCCUUCACACCAACUUCCUGAGGAAUUAUACAGGACUGGUUCUGCCCUCCUGCCAGUUAAACUGCGGCGUCUGACUCCUAUUGCUCUGAUCAGCCUCUUUGAUCCUACUGCCUCCUGGUUCAUAAAGUGGAUGAAGAGAUGUGUCCUUUUGGCGAGUUUACCGUGGCAUCAUCACAUCUGCUCUUUGCCUUGCUCCGCUUCAUUUCCAAUGGCUGAUCCUGCUCUAAUCUCCUGUCCGUUUCUGCCUCAUGGGCCCGCAGGUCCGUUUCUGGCUGACCGAUUUCACUCGGUUCAAGCUACAGCGUAUUUUUACUCCAAGUGCUAUUUCUCAUGUCUUCAGUAG